AUGACCCGCAGUGACGCAGUUGCCUUCGAAAAGGCUUGGCGCGAGGCCGCCCAGUACGCUUCUCAGCACAAUGAGGCCAGGAUAGUGGUAUAGGAUAAGUGGAUCUUUCCUUUUUAUCAUCACAGUUAGGGUCUCGCAUGCCAUGUAGCGAGGACGCCGAGCGUAUGCAUCGCAGAUGGAGUCUGGGAUGUGGACGAACGAUAUAGUGUUUCUGAAGAUUCUGCUUUAUUUCGGCACUUUUAGAGGGCACCUGAACUCUUUUGGUCCGCAAAAAAUCAAUCGUCUCUUUUUUUACUUCUAGGUGGAAAACCAGUGCACCAAGCUUCGAACGGAGCUCAAGGAGUCCGAACGGUUGCGGUCCCUCGAAACACAACGACUAGCGGCACAGAGUAUGAAACAAGGGACAUUUCGAAUCAACUUAUGCUUGUCAUAUGCCAUGACUCAGCAGGUGGAUGUCUCACUGUUUUAAUCUUGUCAUGUUCUUCCUGUUGUGUAAGCAAUUCGUGCCACGGAGAGCUGCAGCCGCAUGGUCUUCCUUUCUAUGUUCAUUUUUUUGCAGACGACUUUAUUUCUUGCAUGAUCUGCAUGACAAACUGCGACUGAAUACAAGCGUGGUUGGAUUCGACGUUUUUUCCAUUCUAUUCUGUUUGAAAAGAUGCGAGUGGAGUUGGUCAACGAGCGCGAACGCAUACAAAACCUGGAACGAGAAUUUUCCUUGGCGUUUGAAGAGGAACUGAGUCGCCUGAGGCAGAAACACGAAUCCGAAACAACAAAGGAGGCGAUAAUAGUGGUAUGAUUUUGUUUCUCUGGAGGUCUGUGUUCAUGAUCUAUGCGAAACACCAAUACACAAAAAUCUAUUAUGAUGCAACAUCGGCUGCAUGAGCAGGGCCGAGUCUAAAAGUCAAAACUUGUGAUGCUGAUGCACGACGUCCAAAAAAACUUUCACAGGUCGAACGCCUGAAAAAGGAGGUCCACAAAUCCGAGCGAGAAAAGGCCGACCUCAUGUCAAAGCUGGCUGCGCUGGAGAAAACCACCAAGCAGAUCCAGAAGAAGAAGAAUUUUGUUUCCGCGUAUUCGGGCAGCGCGGCAGAGCAGGGCUUUGUCCAGGAUGGAGUCAUGUACUUUUGGUUUUUCCUUUUUUGCAUAUCAUCUGGAUCUGCAUGACAAAUCUACCCGAUCCUCUACCCCUGGAGAAUUAUAUGCAUGACAAAUUCUACGCUAGUUGUAGUUUUGGAACCAGCAAAGUCAGACUGCAAAAAAAACAGGUGGAGCAUCCUCAUGUGGGACGCAGCAGCGGUGAUAGUCGUGAUUAUGCACCAGAAACCUAGGCGUUCUUUCUGUCACUGUUACCCGGUGUCCUCCUUUGUGGCAAAACAUAAACUUACGAGUUUGUCAUGCAGAAACGUAGCCUUCACGAUCAAGAAAGACAUCUUCUGAAUUUUUUUCGCAGACACAAAGUGCAUGAAUGCUCUCACACCGCACUUAUUUUCUGAACGCGCACAAGCGAAUGCGAAGAUUCCGACAAAGUAGGCAUGACAGUGAUUUUUACAAGCUCAUACCUUUGCUAACGAUGCUGGCAAUACUUUACGGCGCGUUCCUGCAGAGCGGAAACUACUCCACUUUCGGCGGAUAAGGAAAUGAACUCAUUUGUCAUGCGUGUUGGAAAACUAAUAUCGGGAGUUUGUAAUGCGUGACUUGGGCGAUAAAUUGAUUCAACGACGGAAUCAGGCCGUUUUGAUAACACCAAAUUCAAGCUCAAACAUUGUUGGAUGUACAAAUGCAGCUUUAUUUCCACACUUUCGCGUACCACCCCGCCCCGGACUACGACUAUGCAGCGCCGGCCAUGGGCAUCCCGGACUGAGUAGAAAAAUCAACACGAUCGUCGGUCGACGGAGCGAGCGAUCACUGCUACUUGUACUUGAGAAAAACAUUUAAGCAAAACAGUUUUUUUUGAAUUCAUAGAUACGCAAAAGAAAAAACAAGAGCAAAAACACAUGGACAAACUAGGCAAAAAAUACGCAAAGCACGAGGCGGAGUAGCAAAAAUCCUUAAUAGAAGAUUAUGCCUUUCAACUUUCACGAAUUAUUUAUCUUUUCAGCUACCUACGGGUCGCGCUCGCGGCGUUCUUCGCAGCCGCACUUUCUAGAAGCAGCUCGCAAGAGGUGCAUAGGCACGGAAAUUAGUCAACAUUGGCCGCGUUUUAUUACGCUGAAAGACAAAUUGAGCCAAUCAUGUAGAAGUCGAGCACCGCCCGUAGUUCCUCGUGCGUCUAGUAGUAUCCAAGAAUGUACCAUAAGAAAUUGAUUUGCCAUGAUAGCCUGCUUCGCUUCGAAUAAAUGAACCAAAGUGUUGGAAGAACGAGGUCUAACUGGUGUCACGACCGUGUCUAAUGUACCUUGGAUGUUUGAGCAGCUUUAUGUAGUCAUCGAACUCGACGAUGCAACAAGAACCUCGGAUACCGAGCACAGCCUUAAAUGCCCAGCAUCAUAACGUUACUGCC